AUGGCCAACACUGACGAUUCUCGCAACGAGAGCCCCGUCGAGGGACAAGUUAGCCAAAAUAAAUCUGUGGCCGUUGCUGAUACGCAGAACCAGGCAACAGCCCAGCCGUCCUCGAACCAACCUCGCAGGGAGUUGUUCAUUCGAUCGCUUCCCGCCUCAGCGACCACCGAGAGCCUCGCAGAACAUUUCUCACAAUCCUACGUGAUCAAGCAUGCCAUCGUCGUCACUGACCCAGAGACAAAGCAAUCGAAGGGCUACGGCUUCGUGACUUUUGCUGAUGUCGAAGAUGCGAAGGCUGCCCUGGAGGAACUCAAUGGAACUGUCUUCGCAGGGAAGAAAAUCAAGGUCGAGUAUGCGCAACCGCGCCAUCGUGUUGUCGACGAGAACCUUGGCAAAUCUAAACCAUCUACCGAAGCUCUUGAGCUCAAGAAGCAAAGAGAACAACAAAGAGCGGCUGCUGUGCCACCCAGAUUGAUCGUCCGAAACCUUCCGUGGAGCAUUAAGGAACCCAACGAUUUGGCAGUGCUCUUCCGGAGUUAUGGAAAGGUCAAGCAAGCCUAUCUCCCCAAAAAGGGAAACCAGCUGGCCGGUUUCGGCUUCGUGGUGCUGAGGGGAAAGAAGAACGCAGAGAAGGCGCUAGAGGGCGUCAAUGGCAAGGAGGUAGACGGGCGGACACUGGCUGUUGAUUGGGCAGUGGAAAAAAAUGUUUGGGAGAAUCUGCAAAAAGAGCAAGAUAGCGCGGAAAGUGAUGAGCAAAAUGAGGAGCCAAAAGAUACUAAGAUGGCGGAUGAAGACGAGGAAGCGGCAGAGGCUGACUCUGAUGUUGUCGAGGACGCUCUUUCCGCCGACGAGGACGAGGAUCUCGAAAGCGAAGACGAUCUUGAUGAGGAAGAGUUGGAAGGUGAAGGCAUCGAUGAGCAGGAGGCAAAACAAGAUGAAAGAGAUGCAUCGACUAUCUUCAUCAGGAAUCUGCCUUUCACGUGUGACGAUGAGAUGCUCUAUGAGCAUUUCACCCAAUUUGGCCCCCUUCGCUAUGCACGAAUUGUCGUUGACCGAGAAACUGAGCGUCCUCGUGGGACCGGGUUUGUUUGCUUUUGGAAAGUGGACGAUGCAGUAUCAUGUGUGCGCGAUGCCCCCAAACAGCAAGAUUCCCUUGCCGCAGACAAAGACAAAGGCAAGAAAGCAUCCACGUCAUACAAGCAGUCCGUUCUACAAAAUGAGAACGCUGAUCCCAGUGGGCGUUACACCUUGGAUGGCCGUGUGCUUCAGAUCGCUCGUGCGGUGAGCAAGUCUCGUGCCACCGAACUCGAGGAAGAGGGUGUUUCUCGUCGCCUUGUUCGCGAUACUGACAAACGUCGUCUUUACCUUCUUCAGGAGGGUACUAUCGCACCCAAUUCCUCUCUCUACAAGAAACUCUCACCUUCUGAAAUUAAGAUGAGAGAGGACAGCUACAAACAACGACAAAACUUCAUCAAGAAGAACCCGAGCCUUCACCUCAGUCUUACGCGUUUGUCCAUUCGCAAUAUUCCCCGCCAUAUCACGUCGAAGGAUCUUAAGCAGCUGGCUAGGCAGGCCGUUGUUGGUUUCGCCCAGGACAUGAAAAGCGGCGUGCGCCAACCCUUGUCGAAGGAAGAGCUGGACCGGGCUGCUGAUGUCAUGCGCGAAGCAGAGCAGCAGCGGAAGAAGAAGGGCGUGGGAGUCGUCAGGCAAGCCAAGAUUGUCUAUGAGAGUCGCGAUGGAAGUAAGGUUAAAGAGGAAAGCGGAGCAGGCCGGAGUAGAGGUUACGGCUUCGUCGAGUACUACACCCAUCGCCAUGCUCUCAUGGGUUUAAGAUGGCUCAAUGGUCAUGCUGUCGAGCCUCCCAAAUCCGCAACCCCUGAUACCCAGGACAAGAAAAAACGGCUCGUCGUUGAAUUCGCCAUCGAGAACGCCAAUGUCGUUAAGCGUCGCAAUGAGCAGCAGUCUAAGGCACGCAGUUUCAAGAAGGAGCAAGAACCAGGCGAUGGUGCCUCGAAACGUGGUGCGCAGGAUAAGAGCUCCCAGUCGGGACAGAAGCGAAAGCGUUCUGAUAACAGCAGCGACAAGAACGAUGCUGGUGAAGAUGCGGAGGAACAAAACAAGAUCGCAAAGCGAAACCGGAUCAUUUCAAAGAAGAGAAUGCAACGGAGAACUCGGAAAGGGAAGGCCUAG